CUCGGGACAAGUGUUGAUAUAAAAGGAACAGUAAAAAUUUUCAUUUAAUCUUUUUCUCUUUCAAAUCAACUCAUUUUUCUUUUACUCUUUUUUUUUUUUGUAAAAAACCCCCUCGUUUGCAAUCAUGAGUGAACAAAACAACGCUGUCAUUGUUGACUCCUCUGUUGAGCAAUCAAAUGUAAAAAAGAGCUGGAAACAAUAUUUUGGUUUCCUUAAGGAUCGAAAAUUUUGGAAGAUUUUGUUCCUUGGUCAACUCUUGUCCCUGUGUAUCACUGGUACUAAUGUGGUUAACACCAAACUGACCAAUGAAUUCAAUUUUGCUGCUUCCACUACACAAAGUUUCUUGGUCUAUGCUUGUUUGGCCAUCAUUUAUAACUCUUAUGCUAUUUACAAAAGAGGCAUCAAAGGUUGGCUACUUCAGUUCUGGAGAAGAGGUAUUUUUUACUUUAUCUUGGGUUUCAUUGAUGUGGAAGGCAAUUAUUUUGUGAACAAAUCAUUCCAAUAUACUUCUUUGCUGUCUGCUGAAUUGAUUGAUUGUUGGAGUACUCCUGUCUGUAUGAUUUUGUCCUUUAUCUUCCUUAAGGUCAGAUUUAGAUGGGUUCAAUACGUUGGUGUCUUUAUUUGUCUUUGUGGUCUUGGUAUGUUAGUUGGCAGUGAUGUGCUUACUGAUAAGAACUAUGGUGCUGUUGAUGCUGUCAAGGGUGAUCUGUUCUGUCUCUUGGGUGCCACACUCUAUGGUUUCUCUAAUGUUGGUGAAGAAUACAUGGCACGUAAACACCCAUUGUACGAAGUCAUUGGUAUGUUUACUUUUUUUGCUACUUUUAUCAACCUUGUGCAAAUCUUUAUCUUCGAACGCGAUCAAUGGUCUCAAUUCGCAAACCCAGAAAUUGCUGGCAUGAUUGUGACAUAUACUAUCUGUAUGCUUGUUUUGUAUUCCUUGGCUCCUGUCAUUUUCCGUAUGGGCAGUGCUGUCGUUUAUAACAUCUCUCUUUUGACUAGUGACUUUUAUGGUUUGAUCUUUGGUUUGGGUCUCUUUGGUUACAAAGUUACUGUUCUUUAUCCUUUUGCUUAUGUUGUAGUCAUUGUUGGUAUUGUCAUCUACCACAUGUUCCCUGCUCCUGUUCCUGUCAUGGGUACAUUUACUGCUGAAAAGGCAGAACAAGAAGCAAAAGAAUUACACGGUGAUAAGGUACAAGAUCCUGAAAACCCAGCCACCGAAGUAGUCCCUUCAUUGAGUGAAGAGGAUAAUAUCAAGCAUUAGAAAACCAUUACUUAUUAGGAAACUGUCAAAUAUUUAUAUCUACUUGUUUUGUACAUUUAAUACUAUUUUACUAGUGUUGCCCUUCUCUACGUCUUUUGUACACUGUAUAUAGAAAGACGUUUCCUAAUCUUAUUCACUAUCAUUACUACUAUUUAGAAUAAUAAUUUAAUAAACAUCCAUUUAUCGUAAAAUUUUCAAGUUCAAGUGCUUUUUGUAACUUUGCU